GACGACUGUGCUCCUCAGCCCUGUUUGAAUGGUGGGACAUGUACAGAUGGUGUCAACUCCUAUAGCUGUUCAUGUGCUACCCGUUACAGCGGAAUGAACUGCUCAAUAGACUGUGAAAACACUUCCGCCGGUUGUAAAAGAGAUAUUGACGAGUGUGCUUCUCAGCCCUGUUUGAAUGGUGGGACAUGUACAGAUGGUGUCAACUCUUAUAGCUGUUCAUGUGCUACCCGUUACAGCGGAAUGAACUGCUCAAUAGAAGACAUUCUCGCCCUCGCCCUGCCCAUUGCCUUUCUCCUUCUUGUUGCCAUUGGUUUGCUUGCAUUCGUCUGCCAUCGCUAUAGAGUGAUCCACGGUCGGAAAGGACGUAUUAAUACGCCUGAGCCCUUGGUGCAGGAAGGCACUUUGGGAGCAGGACUACACCUGCCUUCAGGGGGCAUCAACCCUUCAUUGGCGCACGAGUUCAACGAUGGGCUAGAGAUGGACUCUAGAUUUAAUAGUGAUGAGGUGGAUCGCCAUGAUGCCGAAGUCAAGGGUCUGUCCUAUCGGCAGACGGUAGAUGAACAUCGAGCAUCCAGUGGUAACCAGGCAAAAGAGUCCGACUUGAAUGAGGUCCCCCAAAAGGAAUUGCGAGUAUAAAGUCUACCAUUGAUCUCUUGAUACCUAAUUCGAAACGAUUCUGUAAACCAGACAUGGAGAUUUUGCCAUUUUGUAUAUUUGGGGUUGAGGGGGGGAAGUGACCUUUACAUUCACUCAGUAGCUCAUUCAGGGUAGAAUUGGGCUAGCAGAGCCCACCCCCCUCCUAAGCUGUUUAGGUUCUUCGACACACAAAGGAAUACUUCUUCUUGCCGUCAGUCCUAUGUCUUCCUCAUGUUGGGUUUCCAUUCUAUUCCACAUUUCUCUCUGGUUGGGAUGUCCCCAUCAUUACUGGAUACGCCAAUGUGCUUAUCUAUCCUCAUGCUGUCACUUUGCUCUGUGUGACUUUUGCUACGUUUUUUAAAAUUUUUUUAUCGCUUACUGUUCACGGUAUAAAUAUAAGCUUUAUUAUCAACCUUUCUACCCUUUGUAUGUUGAACUAACAUUAAGUU